AGAUGGAUGGCUCCCCCUCGAUUUCUCUUGAUUUUCGUCGAGAAUGAAACUUGAAACUUUGCUGUUGAAGAUCGGAACUUAGCUCUUGGUUUCUCUCCCUCUCUGUGGAAAUGUUAUAAUCAAAUGAGAUUUUGAGAUAGUGAAUCCUUUUGGUUGAUGCUUUUACAUGCGUAUCACUUGAUGUUCGAUGUAAUUUAUACAUGCAAGGGAUGCUACUCUAGGAGACAGAAUUACAAACAAGGACAUAAGAGAUUAUGAAAUGACUAUUAUACACAUGUGCCUAAGUGAAUUAUCAAUAAUGGAAGGCAAUACACAGGUGAAGGGAGACAAACUCAUACUGAGGGGAUUAAUAUUCCAUGGUUUUCAUGGGGUUAAAGAAGAAGAAAGGAAGCUGGGUCAGAAAUUUUUGGUGGAUGUGGAUGCUUGGAUGGAUCUCAGAGCAGCGGGUAAAUCUGAUAAUUUGUCAGAUACAGUUAGUUACACAGAUAUUUAUCGUAUAGCAAAAGAAGUUAUUGAAGGGCCACCUCGCAAUCUUUUGGAAUCAGCAGCUGAGCAAAUUGCAACCAUUACUCUGACAAAGAUACCUCAGAUAUCUGCUGUUUGUGUGAAAGUUGGGAAGCCCCAUGUGGCAGUUCAGGGCCCUGUUGAUUACUUAGGUGUUGAGAUCCUUAGAAGUAGAAGCGAUACGCUAAACUAAGACGUCAAAUACUCUCUGAGGUUCUGUAUCUUUGGGUCUUCUGCUUGAUGCAACACUUUAUUUUCUACUCUUGUCCGUCUUCUCUCAUUUCAUUUUACCUCAUUGCUAUAAUCAUGUGACCCAAGUUUGAACUGCUAAUAUUUUCCCUUACCUUAAUAAUGUAUGGCCUUGAAGGCUUUGUCAACUGCAUUUGUUGCUUUGGCUGUUCUGAACUGAGAUACUUAUGUCAUUUUGUUUUAUUGUUGCC